GUUUGAUAAACGCUGAAUACAAUGAUGUAUGGAAAGAAGAACGCCGAUUCACUCUAAUGGCUCUUAGAAAAUGUGGGAUGGGUUCAUUAAGAAUGGAAGAGAAGAUAUUACGAGAAAUAAAAUAUAUGAUGGCGGACAUUGAUGAGAGAAUUAAUCAACCUAUUGAUCUUCUUCAUCUACUCUCUCAAACUCCGGCAAAUGUCGUAUCUACAAUCGUUUUUGGUAAACGAUUCGAACAUGAGGAUCCAAUGUUUUUAAAACUUCUGGACUUACAAUUUGUGUUCACAACCAAAGUCAAUCGAUUAGGGGCAUCCAAUUUAUUUCCCGCAUUACGUUUUGUACCGGGAAUGAAAUAUUCAAAUGAACUGCACUCAACUGUCGAUAAUGCUGCACAAAUUUUUCGCAAAUAUAUCGAAGAUCAUCGGAAGAAAUUUGAUUCAAACUCGGAGCCGCAGUGUUUCAUUGAUAUGGCAAUUUCACAUAUUGAGACUUUAGGUGACCGCACCACGAUGACAUAUGAUAGUCUAUCUUAUACUCUCUGGGAUCUGUUUUCGGCGGGAACUGAAACAAUAUCAAUGACUUUAAGCUGGGCUAUACUAUAUAUGAUGUUGAAUCCGAAAAUACAAUAUAAGCUACAGGCUGAAAUUGAUGAUGUAGUUGGUGCCUCAAGACCGGUUUCUACAACGGACAGACCG